AUGCGAACGCUUGAAUUCUGGAGAGUGCAAUUGACGCCCACAAGCGUGGCCCACGUGCUCGACUGGGUCACGCGCUCGCCCCGUCUCGAGUCGGUCACGUGGAUGAGCUGUGCGAUCUUUGGCAGGAACAUUGGCUGCGCCAUUGACGCGGUCCAGCGAUGCAUCCGUGCGGGUGCCCACGCCGUGGCAUUCGAAGACUGCGGUAUUGAUACGCAUGGCGCGACGGCCUUGGCCAACGGACUCCGCAACACCCAUGCGCGCCAUCGCACCAUAAUCGACCUCUCGCGCAACAAGGUGCUGAUCGCGGCCGCACGCGCAAUGCUUUCGGCCCUCGCCACGUGCACCAACGUGUCGAUCAAACUGACCAACAGCCUACGCACGCUCUCGGUCGACGACCAGGCCAAGCAAGCGGGCGUCACCAUCGAGUGGUGCCAGCGCGACGUAUGGCCGAGCUGCGGGUUGACGCUGCAUUCAACUGGCACCUAA